AUGGGCAUACCGCAAGACUACGGGGUAGACAUGGACGACACGAAAGUGACAAUUCCCUUUCCUGCGCCCACGAAGCAGGUUGCCGGCGAGAUCAAUGGCGUCAAGACAGACGUGAUGUACAUGUCAUUCGCGGACAAAAUCAUGAUCACAGUCACGCAGAACGGGAGGUUAGGGCAAUGGGUCACGGUGCCGCUCUUCAGCGACAAUCCAACUCAAUCAGAUCCGUACUUCCAAACAAAUCAAUAUGGGGACGAUGGGCUGCUUCCCUCAUCACGUUUCUCCCCGCGGACACUGCUUGGUGCUGGAGGCACUGAUAGGGAAGCUAUGGGUCAACUUUAUGCCUCUCAGAUCGCCCAUGCCAUUGUCACCAAGUCGCCUGAGGAAAGCCGUGCGCUUAUGUUGGGAUUGGGACUUGCCAAGGUCGAGAUGGACCGAGAUGUCUUCUUGCAGAUCAUCGACCUUGUCCUAUCUGUACUGUGA